AUGGAACGUGGAAGGAGAAGAGUCGAUGUUUUUGGUUUCGUGAAGAAGGCGUAUGAAAUGGUGGAUGAUCAUUCAACGGAUUCAAUAGUGUCUUGGGGUCCUGAUGGAAGCAGUUUCAUCGUUUGGAAACCGCUAGAAUGUAAGAGAGACCUUCUUACCAAACACUUGCAGAUCUACAACUUCACAAAGUUUAAAGCAUACGGGUUUCGUGAAAUUGCUAGUGGAGAAGAACACUUGGAAUUUGCUUGCAAUGAUUUUGUGAGGGGCAAGCCUGAGCUUUUGGGAAAGAUUGCUGAACGCCAUGCUGCACGCAUUCAAGCACUCCGUGAUCAGAGGCAGCCACUUAGAGAUCGACUGAAAAAUUGCAAGACCAGGGAAGAAUGGGAAUUAGCCAGCAAGGAGUGGAUGGAGAUGCGUGAAAAGGAUUUCAGGGAGAAGGUGGAGGCAUAUGAACUGGCAAUGGCAAUAGAGCGGCUUAGGGCGAAAAGGCUCGAGGAUCAAAUGCAUCAUGUUUCGACUGCCAUGGCUGCUCCGUUUUUCUCUACUUUGUUUCAGCCUUAUGUCUAUCAGGUCGUGUUAGUACUUCCUUUUCGGUUCAACCUAGUUCAGUUUUCAUUGUUACGUUCUUUGAUAACCACGGUUGUUUCUCAGAUGCUAAUUUGCUAUAGACUUAAGAGGAGGAUAGGAUUUUUUUACUCGGAAAAAGGCGAUUGGCGAGGUAUCUCCAGUGAUACCUACUCAAGUCUGAUGAAGUAUCUCGAGGACACAAGUACUUCAUCUGACUACCCAAGUAUCAAGAGACGUUCUAGUCUCUUUGAUAUGAUUCCUGAUGAGGUAGCCGACGUUCUGAUGGAGUCUCAUGAACUGCAAGCGGAGAACAUUAAUCCUGCGGAAACACAAAUGCCACUGUUGAUUCUCGAAACCGAAGAGUGUGAAUCCAUGAACUCCACCAACUCUAGCGCCGAGGAGCCGCCGUCUGUGACAGCUUCUGAUUCUUACAGACAAGAAGACACCACACAGCCGCAGCUACAGUCAACUGGUUCAUUCCCUGUGCUAUAUCCACCCUACUUCUCACCAUUCUACUCAUUUCCGUUUCCGAUAUGGCCUGCUGGGUAUGUGUCUGAACCGACAAGGGAUUGUCAGCAGAAAUAA